CUGACAAAAGGUGAACAAACGCUCCAGCGGCAAAGGCAGUGGCAAGCGUAACAAAGGUGAUAGCGAUGGUCAAAAGGAUACAGUAAAUGAUGAGGAUGAUAAGGAAGAAGAUGAGGAUGAAGAUUUAAAUACAGAUGAUGAAAUAUUAAAUGCAUCAAUUACACUAAGCUCAAAUUCUACCAAUGAUGCAUCGGCAAUAGAAAAGCUGCUCUAGCAUCAGGAGCCCGGCGGAGGGAGUGGAUUUGAUAUUGCCUCAUCCGUCCCGGUACCGCCUGCAGUCAGUUUGUCGCUCGCACGUUCCGAAGGUGACGGUAGAGAUACUGCGGAAGAACAACAACCACCGCCAUCUAGCCCUCUGGAUCCUGUCUAUGUCCAACUAAAUGAUAACCAGAUGCAAAACAGUGGCGAUAAUGCAAACGUCCUAGGAAGCGCGAAAGCUACCGUACACAUAAAUGGUGUGGCGGUGGAUCAUUUUCAUCAGAACUCGGACGUAGAUGAGGAUCGACGAUCUCAAUGCCAGAAUAACGACAUCCAGGGUUUCAUUUCGUAUUCCUCUGACAGCAGCAUGAUAGAGCUAAAUCUAAAGUUUCGCAAAUGCGCAUGCAACGAGAACAUCAUCAACAUCUCCAAAGAAAACUUACAACAGAUGCAGCGAACCAGUCCAACAGGUGCAGCGGAAUCAACCAAUGCCGAUAGUAGUACUGUCGGUACCGCGAUUGUUGGUUCGGGCAGCGGAGUUUGUAGGAAAGAAGGUAAAAGUAAAAAAAUGCUAGCCAUUAACAAGGACAAUUUGAAUAGGUUAAUGUGUAAAUUGAACGAUACCACGGACAGCCCAUCCUCAUCUUGUACAAAGUGUAGAUUAUCAUUAGAUGUCAAGCAUAUUUUAAAGCAACUCGUUAACAUAAAGACGAAAAAGGACACAGUUGAGUGUGAUGGUAUCGGUGGCUCUCGUUCGCCUGGUGCAGAUGAUUCUUGUUCUCGCCGUUCAGCACUUCCGCUCACGAUUGACGAUUCUAUGAUGGGGCUGCGUGCUGAUGAUUCGUUAAUGGGAAGCUCGGCCUCUCCGCUCCCUUCGCCGAACUCCCCUGUGCCAGUAAUUGGACCCCUCGAACGGCGCCAUAGUGAAACAGUUGAACGACGCUCGAUCGGAAUUCAGCAUGCCUCGAGGCAAUCUCGCAAAAAAACUCCAUUAUUGCGUACACACGGGAGAAGUAUACCGCAGGCAGAGGAAAUCAUUAUAAUUUCCGAUGAAUUCAGACGACAAUCGCUACGUGAUCAACAGUCAAUCCGGGUGCAGAAAAGUCCGAAGAAAAUUUCCAAAUCCAUGGAAAGCAUUGACAAACGGCAUCCACUGUCACUCUCUCUUCGGCCAGUGGCUAUAAGAAGCUUUCAACUGCCUAGUACCGUACACGGUUUAGAUCCAGCCGAUGAGAUGCUAACGAUAGUGGUCAAUACAACCGAAACCGGGGACACUGGCACUUCGAAAUCAAUAUCAAAAUCUGUCGAUGACAUGUCGCUCGGGCCCUCAGGAAAGGGGGAAGAUCUGUCCGCCCAUCCCAAAUCCUCCGAACCUGCUAGCGACGAUGUGGAGCUGAUAUUUAUUUCGGACGAGUUUGUCAAGCGAAAGUCCAAAUCUAGCUCGGACGUUAUCAUCGUCCAAAAUGCGACUAAUCGAAGACGCGAAAGUAGCAGACGCAAGAAACCGACCAAGAACCUCUCAGUCGCUGGUGUAGAAGCGCACAGCAUCGAACACAAAAAACUUACCAACGCUUGCCGACCCGCUAGCACCGAAGGACGGAUUGUAAAAUCCGCAACCAUACCGGUGGCAGCGUCACCUGGUACAAAAGCAAAAAAUGUGCGUCGCAAAACAACAAUCUCCAACUCGAAUAGUUUUCUCACGUAUGAGGAACCGUUCUCGCCAGAGACGCUUGAGAAUAAAGACAUUGGACAGCUGUUUGCCGAGGCAUCGAUCGAGUAAGCUUGGAAAACGUGGCGCAAUAAGUGAAUCUUCAAUAUUUCCACUUCUUUAGAGUGCAACGCAUUAAGUGCAUUAAUAUGUGUAUAGUUUACGUACGAAGAAGUAGACCGAUUAAGUUUGUUAAACAUGUCUGUGAACCUUCCAUUUAUGUGUGUCCUGUGUCAUCGCUCAAAUUUAAAAUGAGAUGUGCAAGCAAUUGUAAUUGUUGUUGUUUAGUUGAGAUGAGUCUUUCGCACAGAAUAUGGUAAUUGUUUAUAUUUUACAAUGUAUAUUAAAAAAACAGUUAUCGUAAUACUCGCCUCCUGGCCACAACACAUUUGGUUCAUUUUUUAAAAACUGUUUUGAGAUAUUGUCUAAAAUCUCGUUCAACUCUCUCAGGUUGCGAUGCUGAUAGGCAAAUAAUAUGUUAAUGAUAAUAGUACAAUUCAUGGAUCACUAUAUACUAUCACUGUAUUGUUUUUUUAAACAACAUACGCUAAUAUAUGUACACACACUGAGCAUAUUCUAUAAUUUAUUACACGACACAAUCAAUCCAUUAAUCCAGUGGUAUGGGACUGAUAGUAGCGACUGAAUAUGAAAAAGUCACAUUUUGCAACCUUUUUGUCUCAUGUAUAGUACAUUCAUAUAAGAAGGUAACUAAGCAUUCGAAAAACAAUAUGAUACAGCUAUAAGCGGAAAGUUUUCACAAACAUGAACUAUGAUACGAACAGUGUAACACAUGGCAGAGGAAGAAAUAAUCAAUCCAAAACUUACAUACCAUCCACGCACACACCCUCACACGCAAAUUCGUACAUUUUCUGCGCACAUGGCGGAUUUAGUAAUAAUUCUAAACAUGUUAACUGAAUGUAGACAUAAUCGAUUAGUAAGCUGCACCCGCUACACGUUCUCGUAGCCUGACGCGGAUGUUUUUUUUUUUCGAAUCCUUAUUUUCAGAUCUGAUAUGAAUCGUAUGCACACCAAAAACCGUCCUUCCAUUGUUUGUUGCAUUUGUAACACAAACAUUCUUGUGAACAUUUCCUGCGCUCAAUUGUUGUUACAGCACUGACAAAAUUGUUGGCAACAGUCGACAUACAAUUUACAAUUGCGAAUCCCUGGUGAAUUUCAUCUAUAUCGAAGAUAAAUAAGGCUAACUAGGCUAUAAUGAGAACCUUUAUUUCGUUCGGAAUAAAACGUAUCAGUGUGAUUCCCGAAGAUUUUUUUUUUUUGUGAAGGACUAUAUACAACACUUAAACUGCAAUUAGAGAAGGCAAAAACGAAAAUGUUGUAGUGUAAUGUGUUUUUUGUUGUAAAAAUCAAUUUUGCGCGUAGUUUUGCUGUAGUUUAACAGUGGCCGUUUUUAUUUACUUGUAUGAUUUUUUAUCUCCGUUUAUAUACGUGAUUUCGAGAGCCGUGCUGUAAAGCGUUGAGUAGAAAUUUAAAACAAAAGAAUAAUGUUAUCAUCAGACAAACGGCUAACUUGUAUGACGCAAAUAUACACUCGGAGAUUACAUUAUCUGUAGAUAGUACAUAGUGUAAUUCUGUUAAGACAAACGAUAAGUUUACCAGCUGCUAUGUAUACCUUCGUACAGAUCACUAUUAUAAUAUCUUCCAUUUCCUCCGAGCAACUUCCACUUCGUGUCGGGUUUGAACAACUUUGCACAGAUAUCCGCAAAACACACAUGGUUAGUAUAACGAUGUUAGCUUUAUGAUUUACUGAACAUAAUUUCUACUAUGCCUAACUCACAUAAUUAGCGCAUAAGCUUAAGUAAAAAUAUC